CAGGUCCCCAGUCGCCACUCAAGAACCUUAUUGUCCCGGGAACCGUCCAUUUUACGAGCAAUGUGCCUCACUUCGGCCUCUUCGCAUGAUACUUAGUGUAGUCGGACUUUCGCCUUCGACUUGUGUCUCCGUCACUCCAAUGAAGAUGUAACGAUAGUGAUUGAGAUAGAUGAUCAUCUCAUAAUUCUCAUAUAUAUAUUCGCGGUGGACGUAGUUCGUCGAAUACAUCGACUCACCCGAACUCGUGCGAUUGGAAUGGCAAACCCGCAGACCACGGUUCAAAUUAACCAGGAACUCGCGUUAUUUAUUUGUAGCUCUCUAACAACUAUUCUAAUUGUAGCAGUUCAGUUGAGUUGAACCAAGUUGAACUUUGUUGUAAAUGGACAUUAUACUCCUCUAUAUUUUAAGCCUUUAAUACACAUUUAUUGCACCAGUGCAAUAUGGACGUUAAUGAAUUACAAUAAAUUUAAUUCAUGAGAGGGAGCAGUGAGUAAUAAAUGCUAACGUGAUUUAUCCGCAGCUAUUAAGUCCCAUUAUGCUCUAACUAGGUAAAUUACUAACACACUGCCCUACCGUGAAAAAUUAUCUAAGCUAUACAACCUAUUACAGUAUUCUGAUUAUUUUAUUCACUGGGUAAAUGAAACAUCACGUAAAAUGUCAUUUUGAAAUUGUCAUAACAAUAUAAACCAAGCUUACUUUCCAACAAAAAUCGUAAUCAUUCCUAUACUGCCAAAAAAUUGUACUUUAAGUAAAAACACAAAUGUUUCACAUGUUUUAAUGGAAAAUCAGGACGUGUCACAUUGUCCAGAGAAAGAAGAUACUGUCAAACCACAAGAAGAUGAAGCAGAAAAGAAAAUCAAACUCGUGCUCGAAGACGACGCUGGACCUUCACAAACAAACGAUCUACCUGGAGCAAUUCCUUUUAAAGCUAAUUCUCCGCUAAAGCUGUCUAAAUCCGAGCAAAGCAUUAGACAAAUACACACACACAAAGAUGUAGCAACACUAGACCUAACAUCUAUAAGCUUCGGCCCACAAGUACGCGAUAUAAACACAGCCAAUACUAAAGAACUAAACGGAGAAGAAACAAAUAAAAACGAUUCCAUGUUUAUAGACAUAAAGAAUUUUAUGGCAUCGUAUUUUAGAGUCGAUAGAGAGAACCAAGUGGCUGUAAGUGAAGUCCAAAACACAGCAUUGAGUACUGUAUCGGGUGUUCAAGAAGAUACCAAUUGUGUCACGGCCGCUCAAACUGAAGACAAGUCAUCUGUACCCGCAAAUGUGAUAGUGACCAGCCAGCCGGCACCAGAUCCAAACUUAUCGAAGUCUGGUUCGGAAAACAAGAAAAAAACUUCGGGAACUCUGUCUGAGAGGUCUGGCUUUGCAGUUGUGCAGAGGGACUCGCUGUCAAGUAUUGGAUCAAACGUUUGCAGAAUUUGUAUGACGCGAGGCAGAGAAAGAUUGAUAUCGCCGUGCAACUGCAAAGGGUCCUUGGCGAACGUGCAUUUGACUUGCCUGGAGCGAUGGCUGAACCAAGUCGGGAGAAACCAUUGUGAACUUUGUGGAUUUAGCUACCCGGCCAUCCGCACGCCGCGCUACACGGUGCUGCAAGCCCUACGCCUGUGGUUCGGCAACCCACGGAACAGGAGCCAUUUGCAGUCUGACUGCUUAAUAUUCUGGCUGCUGUCCACCGUGACCGCGGGCCUGCUCGCCGUCUGCAUCGUUGGCACGCAGUACUUCGUCAUUGAGGGCAACAAAUUUGGUAAGAUUCACGGAAUUGCCCGGAAAGAGGAAGGCAUAUCGCACCGCAUAACCGAGACCGCAAUGGACUUCUUCAUGGCGAUAGUGUUGUGCGGGUACUCCGUGACGGUGUACCUGCUGUGCAAGGACCACUACGUGCUGUGGAGCCGCUGGCGGCGCGCUAAUGUGCACGUUCGCCUGCUGCUGUCCGCCGACGCCGACCCGGUGCCCUUCGCGCCGAGGCCGUACAACAAUAUAGUGUGAGCCGGUCCGUUAGUUGUAUGGAACUUUUGUAUGCUUUAUUAGACGUAAUGUUACAUUCGACAUAA